ACAACCAGCGCCCACGGGAAAAGUCAAAACUCAAAUCUGACUUCUGACCGCUGAAGUUUUAUCCUUUAGCGUCUUAGUUCUUUGUUCAUUCUAACGUUAAUUAAUAAAUAUAUUAAUUGUUGCACUCAAAUGAAUUCGGGUGAAUAAUUUUAAGAACGGAGUGAAAUGCUGUCGACCUCCAGAGGUGUUGCGGUGCAUCCCGGGCGAGGUGGUGCGUGGCCGCCGGGGGCAGGGACGCAACCCAUCGGCCCCGGAGGAGCUCAUAGCGGCGAGGAGAGAAGACAAGGGCUCGGUGUUCAGGAGUGGCACGACGGUUCCAGAUAUGAGGGAGAGUUUGUGAACGGGUUAAAACACGGCAAAGGAAAAUACACCUGGAGAAGUGGAGAGUACUACGAGGGCUCUUUCUACAAAGACUACAGACAUGGGGACGGGCAGUACUGCUGGCCCACAGGCCACAAGUUCACUGGCAAGUUUUACCUCAACAGAAAGGAAGGAUACGGACAUCAGCUGUUUCCUGAUGGAGCCACCUUUGAGGGUUUGUACCGCAAUGACCAGAGGUUUGGUCCUGGUGUGAUGAGUUACCCAGAUGGGUGUAAGGAUGUGGGUCUUUGGCUCGGGGAGCGCCUGCUAAAGCUCUGCGCCUCUGUAGAGGAGGGCUUUAGCUUGAAGAACUUUCCUGAAUAUGCUGCGUACAUGGACCCAGCUGCCGCCACAAACUCUUUGACUCAGCCUCCCACUAGUGGUCUCGGGACAGAAGCCAGGACAGACUCCAAGGUGGCUAUGUACAGCGAUCUUCUGUCAGACGAGGAUUUUAUCCUCCCCCCGGGCAUUGAAAGUUACUCAACAGAUGGUGAUCACUUGCCGCUACCCCCUGGCCGCAGGAGAGAGUUGGAUCAACGCUUUUAUGGCGAGCUGUGGGAGCCAGACCCCCAUUCGUACCAAGGCUAUGAGCGAGACCCGCUUUCCGCCCUGCCCUUACAGGCCCGAAUGCAGGCUCACAUAUACAAACACAGACUGCAGGUUAAAAAUGUGGGCUGGGAUGUUGGCGCUGUUCUGUCUCUGAACAGAGAAGAUUUUGGUCCUAAAGGGCCUCUGGAAGUCAAUUCAGAGUUGUUGAUCCAGUGCGCCUCCCAAGGGGAACUGCAGGCUGUCUCACAGAUCCUCCAGACCGGUUUGAUCCACCCUGAUGUAGCAGAUUCACAGGGACACACUGCACUGAUCGCUGCCACAGUAAACUGCCAUAACGAUGUGAUCCAGCUGCUGUUGGACGUGGGUGCUGAUAUUGACAAGUUGAAUUGUGAAAGCAUGUCUGCACUGGCUGUUUGUCAUGUCCUUUACUACCCUUUUCAGUCUCUGCACACCACAUUCACUGAACCAUCCGCCAAGAGUCAGGAUUUGAGUUCCCCGUUUGGAUAUGGAAAUAGUCCCCAGGUCAGCCAAGCGGACUUCACUGCAGACACACCCAGGUUUAACAACAGACCUCAGACGGCUAACACAGCUCCGAGCCGCCAGACCAGCUGGAUUCUCCUCUCUGACCAGUCAGCAGAAGAACCAGCAGAGUCCAUCUUACAUCACAGCAGUAAAGUGUCCAGAGACAGUGAACCCAUCAGUGAGCGCUGGCCUGACGUGAAUGAACCCGAGAUGCCUUCAGAGACUGAACACCUACAGGGGGAGGAGAGAGAGGAGAAAGAGGGAGAAGCAAGGAAAGAGGACUGCAAAGAGAGAGAGGGACAGGUUAAAGAGGGAGAAAAAAGGAAUCAGAAGGACCAAUUAGAGACGGAUAGCAGAUGUGAUCAAACAUGUGAAAAUGGAGAAAGUGAGAUAAAAGGGAAGGAAAAAGAAUUCAAGCAGCUGCAGGAAGAUAGAGAAACAGAAUCAGGAAAAGAGGAUACGGAGGUGAGGGAGGAGGAUGAAGAAGACGUUGAGAACAGUGCAAGGAAUAUUCAUGAAGAGGAUAUAAACGAGAGAGAAGAGAGAGGAAGUGAGUGUGUGUCUGGUUUGGAGCGCUCCAUAUCGGUGUUGGAUGGUCACAUUGUAGUGGGCAGCGUUCAGUGGAAGGACUGUCGAGCUAAGGCAGCAGGAAGAGUUCAGCAGGGCAAACACAAAGAACGGACCCCAAAAUCGACCUUUGACUCUGCUUGCUCUGUCAGCAGCUAUAACAUCCAGGUCACAGAGGAAGUGAUGCAGCGUUCAGCCGAAGCGCUGAGUCGCACAGGGAUUCCUCAGCGCCCUGACACACAGGAGACUGUGCGCAAAAUGGCUGCCAUGAAAACUGAACACCGUGCUCGUUUGAACACCCUGAAGCUGUUGCUGGAACGGGGUGCUGACCCCAAUGUGUCCAGGGUCCCUAUGCCUGUCCUCUUUUUAGCCAUCAUGGCAGCUGACAUUGAGGCCGUCAGGAGACUCCUGCUGUGCGGAGCUCACACAGAUAUUCCCCUUCCACCUGAGAGGAAAGGCCUGUAUCCCCUGCAUGUAGCUGCAGCACUGCCAGGUUCAGCAGGUCCCAGAAUCACAGAGCUGCUGCUCCACUCUGUCACCGACCCAGACGCACAGGCGUGCGACCACAACGAGAUCUUUGAGCCAGAUAAGAUUUUCAUGAAGGACCAGGAGCCACUGAGCGCAUCUGAGAGCCCACGUCUCAAAGAAGGAGGCCGAACAGCUCUGCAUGUGGCCUGCCAGAGAGACAGCGACUACCAGAAUGUCAGUAAGGUGGUAGCUCUCCUGCUCUCCCACAGAGCAAGCACAGACCUCCUCUGGAGUGGACACUCACCUCUCUCCCUGGCUAUAGCAACUGGGAAUGACCUGGCAGUGGAGGAGCUGUUGAACGGAGGCGCAGAUCCCAACAUCCCCCUGGGCCGCAGGGUGGGCAGUGCCCUCUGUGCCCUCGCCAACAUCAACUACCACCUGGGCGGCAACAGAAUUAAGCUGCUGGAAAUGUUAGCUAAGGCUGGUGUUGACAUCAUGAUGCCAGUUACAGUGGGUGAUGUUGUGGGAACUGCAGUCGACUAUGCGUACUACUGCUUCAACCAGGACGUGACUAUUGCUAAGACUCCCUUCCACGCUCUGAACACGCGAGAGAGGCAAACAUUCAGAGCACGACGCCAACUGCUGAGAAUGAUGGGAGAGCUGCUGAGAGAGACUGCCGGCCGGAGGGAGCGGGAGAAUUCAGACCGAGAACGACAAGGCAGCAGUAGUACUGAAAGGAUUGUGUACCCGGGGAAAAGUGCCAUUUCCUUUCUACCACCCAUAACAGAAAUACACAGGAAACCAGUGUUAAAGUUCUGCUACCAAUGCGGUCGCUCUGUGUCUGUGAAGCUGACCGCUUGCAGCCGCUGCCACAGGGUCUUCUACUGCUCCAGGACCUGCAAACUGAAAGCAUGGGAUGAAAGACACAAAGACGAGUGCAUCCGGGUGUCAGCAUCUGCAGAGGGCACACAGAAGAGGAUUGUGUUUAAAUUCCAAAAAGGCCCAAGGCCCUUGAGUGCCAUUUUGAAAUCCAGAACGCUCCCCGGGGCCUGGAGUGUCAAAUCCCAAAGAGUCCCCGAGCCCUUGAGCGUGGCAGAGAAGGUCUUACAGGGCCCAGUCAACCUGAAGGAAAACUACAGCUGUAACUGAUGGACACUAACAUUACACACACCCAAUAACAGCUGAACUACAAUGUUGUCUGCCUGACAUUACUUUAUAUACUUGGCUGAACACUGAAUGAUGAUUUUCUUCCAUAAUAAAUUCUCUUAUCGU